AUGAGGCUAAAACGGCACAGCAGGAAAGCAUCGAAGAGACGAUCAGAAAUAACAUUCGAUCUAAGUGGUUUAACCAAAGUACUCAAACAUACACGAUUAACAAAUGAAUUUCAAAGUGGUCGUGAUGCGUCACCACCUUGUCCUUCGCCAUCACAAGAUGCUUCUCUUGCUGUGCCAGCCAAAGGCCGUAUUGUCCAUAUGGUGGGUGUAUUUCAAAGUCCACCUAGUACAUCCACCUCAUCCACCAACGAAAGCAAUAAUGGAGGAAUUGCUAUAACAACUAAUAGUGUACAACCUGAAACUCCUCCAGUUCAGAAUACAGAUCCAACAUAUUCCUCAUCCGCACAUCUUGAUGAACCGAAAAUAUAUCAUCGGUGUAGUAAUUCAUUAGCGGCAACAGAACAGGACGAUUUUGCACCAGAACAAUUGCAAGAAUUUGCGCAAGCUUUUAAGAUGUUCGAUAAAGAUGGUAAUGGUACGAUGAAUAUCAAAGAAUUAGGCAUAGCGAUGCGUACUCUUGGGUUAAAUCCAACUGAGGAAGAGCUACUAAAUAUGAUUAAUGAAUAUGAUGUAGAUGGCAAUGGCAAAAUUGAUUUUUUCGAAUUUUGUAAAAUGAUGAAAGAAAUGAGCGAGGAAACGGAUCAAGAAUUGGUACGAUUAGCGUUCAAAGUUUUUGAUAAAGAUGGUAAUGGAUAUAUCACAGCUCAAGAAUUCAAGCAUUUCAUGACAACAAUGGGUGAAAAAUUCAGCGAAGAAGAAGUAGAUGAAAUUAUACAAGAAGUUGAUAAAGAUGGCGAUGAACAGAUCAACUACGAGGAAUUUGUCCAGAUGAUUGCUCCGGUCGUUCACGAUGACUCUAAAGAUGGUCUAUUCGCCGAUACUUCAUCCAAAAAAUGA